AUGAAAGUCAUAGUAGCCGGGGUCACUGGCCAUGCCGGCUCAGAAAUCGUUAACCACUGCUUUGCGGACGAGCGCAUCACCAAGGUCAUUAUCCUGACCAGGAAGUCGGUCGCAAUAGAUAUUGAAAGCCACCCCAAAGCCGAAGUAGUACUGCAUCAAGAUUUUUCUCAGUAUCCCGAAGAGAUGAUGCGCAGAUUUGAAGGGGCCGAGAUAUGCUUAUGGGCUAUUGGAGGGAGAGUUAACCAGUUCAACAACGACAAGGAAUUAUGCCGCAAAGUUGGCGUGGAAUAUACACUGGCAGCUGCGAAUGCGAUGCUGAACCAUCUCGCUGACAAAGUUCCAAGCGGCAAGAAGUUUCGAUUCGUCUUUUGCAGUGGCAAAUACUCGGAGUGGAAUCAGAAGCGGCCUCUUCUCUUUAUGGCUGAUUCUCGCCGUAUCAAAGGAGAAGUCGAAAAAGGUCUAUGUGACAUCGCGGAUGCAAACCCUGACAAGUUUGAGACUUGGAUUCUGAGACCCUCCGGUUUCAUCGAGCCCAGUGCCUCAAUCUCCAAAAGGCUUGUCGGCAGUCUCUACGGCGCCAUCACGACUACCCAGGUGGGCAAAGCAAUGGUAAAAGUAGCCUGUGAAGGCUGGAAGGAUAGGAUCAUUGAGAAUAAUGCACUUCUCAAGAUGUAA